UCCUGAGGAAACCCCUGGUCCUCAUCUCAGACAGCUUAGACUUUGGGAUGAGGCAGGGAUAGGGCUCCCAACAGGCCUCUUACCAAGACAAGGAGUCAAGAGACCACUUCUGCAUUCCCAAUGCUUCUGCUUUUAUUCGGAAAGGAAGUUGCAGCAACAGUGGUUCCAGCUGCUCUUGGUCAUUUUUCUCCUCUCCUCCCCCUGUACAUGUAUGAUUCUGGGGUCUGUUUUUAAUUAACUUUAGUUAAAACGCCUGUGUGCAAAUCACUUGUUAGCUGUAAUAAAAGGGAAGUCUGAAUGAGACCCUGUGGUUCCACGAAGAUAUUUCAAGGGAAAGAGAGAGAGAAGGCCAGGGAAGGUGUAGGUAAGUUUUAGGACACAAGUAAACUUAAAGUGUAAAAUAUAUAUCACCAUUUUAGAAGCACGUUUUUGGGUUUGCUUUCUCCCCCUGCUUUAUUGGGGAGGACUUGCCAUUGCUUUUAUCAAGUGCUUGCUAGCCAUGGAUGCCAACUAACUUCUUCGAUUGAAGGCCGGAGGAUCAUGUCUGGUUCCAGGAGCCGCUUGAGCAGGUCCUGGCAUUCGGCUGAGAUGCCCAGAUGAGUGGGGAAAGACACCCCCUUCUGCUGCUGCCACAGCAUCUUGGGGAUGUCUGUGUCGUCAAAAGGUAGGCUGGCACAGAGCAUGACGUACAGGACCACGCCCAUACUCCAGACGUCGCCCUUCUUGCUAUCAUGAGGAAUACCCUGCAGCACCUCGGGGGCGGCGUAGGCUGUGCUGCCGCAGAACGUCUGGCUCAGCUCUCGACGUGACUUGGGCAACACCUUAGCGAAGCCAAAGUCAGUCAGCUUCAGGUUGAAGCCCUGCAACAAGGCGUUCUCACACUUGAGGUCCCGGUGGGCCACACCACAGCCGUGGCAGUAGCGGAUGGCCUCGACCAUUUGACGGAAGAGGGCCUUGGCCUGGCUCUCGGGAAGUGGCCCCCUGUUCAGCACACAGUCAAAGACGUCCCCGCCUUCAGCCAGCUCCAUCACCAGGUAGAUUUUCCCAUCAGCAGACUCCAGCAUCUCAUACACCUGAAUGAUGUUCUUGUGGUCCAGGGUACGGACAAUCUGGAGCUCCCGAGGCAGGAAUCUCUGGAUAAAUUCUGAGGAAACAAAGAGAAAAGAGAUGGGAUCUCAAGUCCAGGAGGGCAUAACCCUUCACUCCUGUCCCCUCCUUCCAGUUUCUCCGCCCAGCAUGUCUGGGUCUUGUGCCUUGGUUCCCAUUAACAGUCUUAAAUGUCUAGCAACUUGGACGUUGCAAAGAAUGUUCACUGCUAUUAUUUUUGUAGUUAAUAUAUUCAAAGGAACUACUCCAGGCCAUCCUCAAGGACUGUUGUAAGCCACCUGUGAGACCAUGGAUAUCAAAGUGCUUUGGGGAUUUUUAGAAAAAAACCACUGAAUCUCAGUUAUGAGGCCUGAUUUGCCAUCUCCUCACACCCCUGCCUCCUGACCCACGCUUCUUCCCAUGAGCCCGGUCUUCCUUUUUCCCAUCCCUAACUGCAUUGGCAACAGCUCCUGCCCUCCACCAGCCCAGGCCAUGGUCUCUCUGCCUGUCUCUGUCCCCCUCCUAGAACAGGGAAGGCCGGCAGGCUGGGCUUCUGGUUCUAAGGACCCUUCACUAACUGCCACUUAAAUUUUGGGUUUUGGAGGGUGUGAUGUUCCUGGACUCACAGCAUCCUUUUGUUCCCCGCUGACCUCCACCAGAGCCACAAACUCUUGGGAUUCCUUGAUUGCAGACUAAAGGGGAGGUGGGGAUGUUCUUUCCCACUGGUGGAAGUGUCCACCCACCUCAACCAGCCCUCCCUUUCUCCAAAGGGGCCCCAGCUCACCUUCCGGCCCUCCCAUCUUGUCUAUAAUUUUAAUUGCCACUUUUGUUUGGUGUUUUUUGGAAAAUGCUUCUUUGACUUUUGAGUAGGUCCCUUCCCCAAUGGUCUUGCCCAGCUGGUACCCAUUGGAGAGCAGAAAGUCCUCCAUGCUGUCUAGCGCCUCCUUCCUGUCACCCUCUCAGCUCAUGCUGCCUCUGUGAGGCAGCUCUACUCCACCAUCGCCCUUGGCCUGCUCCUUUUCCCCCCAAGGACUUCAUCCGCAGCCGUCCCCACGCUAGAACAUUCUCCGUCUGGGCACAGCAGCCACGGGUGGUGGGGAGGGAGAGGACCAGACAUUUUAAAACUCCGGCCCAAUUGUGAUGUAAAUGCUGUGUGACCCUUUGGCCAAAAUGGGCAGAGCCCUUACCUGUCCUCACCAUCACCACCACCAAAUCCAGUAUGGGCUAAGUCCCUGCUGCGCCCCCGCCCCCGCGCCAGGCAAGGAGUCACAGCCCCCCCGGGGGCGCCCCGGGACGUCUGCGCGUCUCCAGGGAUGACGGGCUCCUUUUCCUGGACGCCGCCUCGUGGCUGCUUGCCGCCGCCUCCUGCGCCCGGAUCGGACUGCGGGGAACCUGCCCGACCCAGUGCCGAGGCGCCAUGGCAAAGGCCCUCCAGCCCGGGCUCGCUGCGGCGCGGAGUGCCGGGCAGCCCAAGAAGGCUGGAGGUUCCCGACGGGAGGAACGGGCUCUGUGAGGUCAGCGCGCCGCGGCCCGGAUCACAAUGCAGCCCGCCCCCUCGACGCCCGGGCCGUGGCGCGCCGCAGACACCUGCCGGGCUCCGCCUGGACCGGAGCGUCCUCCCGCGGCCAGGGGUCGGGCAGCUGCUUCCAGCCUGGGACCGGCCUCGGCCUCCGGCAGAGCGCCCCGGGGCCUGGACAUGAGUGCCCAGGAGCCCUCGCAGGGUCGGAGAUUCCCCAUUGAGGCCGGAGACUCCCCUGGCCUUGCCGCUGCCCCCGAGUCCCAGGACAGCCCGGAGCCGGUAGCCACGGAGCACAACCCGGUCAGGCCGCUUCGACGCUGCCCGGGCUGCCACUGCCUGACACUGUUGCACGUGCCCAUCGACGUCUACCUGGCCAUGGGCGGGAGCCCCCGGGCCCGCGCCACCUGAGGGCGCCUGCGCACGGCGGCUCCCCGGGAGCCGGGCGGGACGAGGCCCGCCGCGGGCCACCACGCUGAGGUCGCGCGCGCCGAGCACGAGACAAUGAUGCACAUUUUAAAAUAAAAGAAUGAUGCACAUUUUAAUAAAGCACAGCAUAAACUGUUCUUUCCA